AUGAAGUGGGAGAAGUUGAAACCCCCGGAGCCAGACGACCCUCUCUGCUGCUGUGAAUGUGACUUCUACCAGAGCAGAUGUUGCGACUGUGAAGACCUGGAUGAAGCCUUUCACAGGUGGCUGAAGAAGAGACCAGCUCCUCACGGACUCCAGUUUGCUGUGUUUGAGGCCAUGAUUGAGAACCUGGAGAUCUCCAUGAUCCCAGCCCUGCUGCUGCUUCCUCUCCUGCUGAGGGUCGCCUCUCUGCACUACCUGCUGGGCCUCGUCCUCCUCACCACUCUGCCCGGCCUGGUCCUGUGGUACUACUACGCCACGCACCGAAGGAAGAGGCGCACCCUCUUCUUCCUCAGUCUGGCUCUGUACUCUCUAGCCUACAUGUAUUACCUCUUCGUCGUGGAGAUUUUACCCCGCGGGGAUGUCAGCCCGCUGCAGGCGUGUGCCGUGACCUCUGGGAUGAUUCUCACUUUAGUUUCUCUCAUCCACACCAAGCGAGGCCCCGGGUUUGUGACCGUUGCGCUGCAUGAAGCGCACAGCCGCAGGAUGAAGGCUGCAGAGGACGCCACGCACCAGUUAGCAGGAGAACAACCGCUCACAGAGAAAUGGAGCUUGUGUCCGGUGUGCAAAAUAAUGCGACCCCCACGAGCCGGACACUGCAGAACCUGUGAGUCCUGUGUCCAGCGCCUGGACCACCACUGUGUCUGGAUAAACAGCUGCGUUGGACGGGCCAAUCAUCGCAGCUUCCUGCAGACCCUCUGCGUGUUCGUGCUCACCUCCGUGUACGGGAUCAGUUUGGUGCUCGGCAGCCUCUGCCCUCAGCAGCGCCUCAUGACAGCUCUGUUCUACUGCCCCGGCAUCUACAGUCAGUCCAGCACAGCCCUCUGCUUCACCUGCUGUUGGUACAGCGGCAUCAUCACAGCCGGACUGCUCUACCUGCUGCUCUCACAGCUUCUGAACAUCAGCUUCAACGUGACGGAGCGGGAGGCUCAGCUGGCCCUGAGGAACAAAACGGGCCGCAGCCGCCUGUGGGGGCUCGCCGUCGACACCGGGGAGCAUUCACGGGGCUUCUAUCAGAACUGGGUUGAGUUCCUCACCAUGGCAGACGCCUCGGUGGCUGGGAAGUGGUACCUGAUCGGCAUCGCCUCCAACUCUCACUGGUUGGUCAGCCGCAGAGCUACGAUGAAGAUGGGCACCGCCGUGCUGAAACCAACUGCAGAUGGAGACCUGGAAAUGUCUUACGCCAGCCUCACCUCUGAUGGCUCCUGCUGGAGAAAGAACAAACUGGCCAAAAAGACCGACGUACCUGGGAAGUUCACCUACACCUGUGAGCGUUCAGGUGCUUUGAAAGACGUGCGUGUGGUUGAUGUGAGGUCUGACGAGUACGCGCUGGUUCACGUCAGCGAGGAGGAAGCGGAGACGACCACCGUCACCAAACUAUACGGACGUGGACAGGAAGUGGGAGCUGACGUGAAGCAGAAGUUCCAGCAGCUCGCCUUACAAACUGGCACUCUGCCUGAAAACAUCAUCUUCCUCCCCAAAAACGCCGAGUGCCCAGCCGCCUGACUUCCUGUGAAAAGACCGCCGCCACAAACUGGUUCAAUAAUCGUCUCCCAUCUUCUGUAGCACCACCAUUAAUCACUGCUGUUGAAUAAAAUAAGCAAAACCAGCUAAAAUAUUUUGCUUUAUUGUCCUUUUUUUAACAAAUACGCCGACGCACAUCC